AAGAAAUAAGACUCACCUUUACUUCCAACCUGCUGGUCCAAACCAUCACUUCAACUUCAAACCACCACCACAAUGCCACCUCCCCAAACGCUCUCCCCCGCCUCAAUCCGCCAAAAAAUCGACCUCCUGAUCACCAACCUCAUCACCAUCCACGACACAACCGGCGAAUUCCUCCUCCCCCUCCCAGACGGACGAAUCAUCGACACGAAGUCCUGGAAUGGGUGGGAAUGGACACACGGGAUCGGACUGUACGGAAUCUGGAAAUACCACGAGCUGACCGGCUCCGACGCUCUCCUCCGCACAAUCGAAGACUGGUUCGCGGCACGGUUCGCCGAGGGCGGGACCACAAAAAACAUCAACACGAUGGCCGUGUUCCUGGCCCUGGCAUAUGUAUACGAGAAGACGCAGCAGGCGGAGUAUCUGCCCUGGCUGGAAGCGUGGGGGGAGUGGGCGAUGCACGAGCUGCCGCGGACGCGGUUCGGGGGGAUGCAGCACGUCACGUAUGUGAACGAGAACGAGGGACAGCUGUGGGACGAUACGUUGAUGAUGACGGUGUUGCCGCUGGCGAAGAUUGGGAAACUGCUGGGACGGAGGGAGUAUAUUGUCGAAGCGAAGAGGCAGUUUCUCGUGCAUAUCAAGUACUUGUUCGAUACGCGGACGGGGCUGUUCUACCAUGGGUGGACGUUCUCGGACGGGGGGCACAAUUUCGCGAAUGCGCGAUGGGCGCGCGGGAAUAGCUGGGUGACGAUUGCGAUCCCGGAGAUCAUUGAGCUGUUGGAGAUGGAGGAGGGGGAUCCGAUCCGGACACAUCUGGUGGAUACGCUGGCGGCGCAGUGCGAGGCGCUCCGGGGGCUGCAGGAUGUGACGGGGUACUGGCAUACGCUGCUGGAUCAUGCGGACUCGUACGUGGAGGCGUCGGCGACGGCGGGGUUUGCGUAUGGGGUGCUGAAGGCCGUGCGGAAGAGGUACAUUGGCGCAGAGUAUCGGGGGGUGGCGGAGAGGGCGAUUGCGGCGGUGGUGGAUGCUGUGGAUGCGAAGGGCGAGCUGCAGAAUACCAGCUUUGGGACGCCGAUGGGCGAUAGUCUGGAGUUCUAUAAGCAGAUCCCUCGCACGGCGAUGCCGUAUGGGCAGGCGAUGGCGAUCAUGGCGCUGGGGGAGUAUUUGAGGGGGUUGUAUUAGACAGAUAAGGCUGAAGUGACUUUGAUUAUGUUUCAUUUUGAUACGGU